AUGAAUAUCUUUUAAAAAAAGACAAAUUAAAAAUGGUAAAAUGUGCUCAAUAAAAUUAAGAACCAAAAAAAUAACAGCUUAAAUGAUAAUUAAAAUAAUAUUAAUGACAAAAUUAAAUAAAUCCUCACAGAAAAUACUUAGGAAGAGUUAAAAGAUUAUGAUUAAAUAUAUUUUCUUUAACAAAGUUUGAAUAAUCAUCCUUUUUUUUUAGAUUUAUGGCAAUUUUGGAGUGAAUAAUUUACAAGAAAGGUAAUUACUGAUUAUGAUUAACAAAAUGGUAUUAUUGAUAAAAAUGAAGAAUAAAAAGAUGCUUCUCAUUUACCUUCGAAAAAAAGUGUAAAUGCUAAGAGAUCUUAAUCAUCAGAAAAAAAAGAUAUCAAAAAUAGUAGAAAUGAGUUGGAUAAAACGAUUGAUUAAUAAAUUGAUAAAUAAAAAUGGAGUGAAAAAUAGUUAGGCAAUAAGUAGAAAAUAAAUUCAUCCCAUCAAUAAGUUAUCUAUCAUAAUAAAAAUGAAUAUUCUAAGAAGACAGAUGUAACAAGAUUAAAGGUGAAUGAUUUCGAUUAUUAGUUCUAAGAUAAUUCAAAAAUAAAUUUUUCUAAUGAUAAAUAACAUGGAAGAUGUGAUCGAAAUAAUGAAUAAAUAAAUUGUUUCAAUUAACCUCAGAAAAAUAGUUAAUCUCCUAUAAAAGCAUAAAUAUCUGAAAAAAUAAAUAUUGAAAAUAAUUCAUACGAAUAUUAUAAAAAGAUAGAUGAAAAUAAUCGAAAGAUAAAAGAAGUAGAGAGUUAAGUAGACUCUAAGCUUAAAGAGAUCUAGAUAAAGCUAUUUUCUCACUUAAAAUUAAAGCAAUAUUAAGAAAAUAAUUUCAUUUACGAAGAUGGUAAAGUUAGAUGUGAUGAAAAUUGUCCUUCUAAGAAUGCAAAAAAUACUAAAUUUACUAAAGAGUAGUUUUAUUCAGAAAGUAAAAGUACUUACGAAGUUAAAAAAGACUAUAUUGGAGAAUAAAAUCAAUAAGAUAGUAGUAUUUAAUGUGAAGAUAAAUAGAAUAGUAAGAGUGAAAAAGAAUAAAGUAGUUAACAAAGAGAUUAAAUUAAUUUGGAAAUAAUUAGUCCAAACAAAUAAGUUAGUGAAUAAGAUUUAUUCGAAGCAUAGAGUAAAAGUAAUGAGGAAAACUCUAGUAUAAAUAUAAGAGAAAAAAGUGAUUAAGAGUCAUGGUAGGUAUGCUUGAAAUGCUAAUAUUUUUAUAUUGUUUGGUAAGGAGAAAUCGAAGAAUAAAUCAGUGAUGAGAUAACUAGAUUUUCAUCAGAUAGUUUUGAAAUUCCUAAAAGCAAGAUUUUAAAGGAUGGUGAUUAUUUUGGAGAGAAGGAAUUGAUAUUUAGAGGAAAGAGACAUGCUACAAUCAAAUGCAAUAAAUUAACCUUUGUGUUUUAUCUAAAUAGAGAAAUAUUUAAUUCUGUUAUUAGCUCUUUUAUUAAAUUUAAGAAUCCUAUCCUAAGCUCGCUUGAUCAAGGUGCUCCUAAAUCCAUGGUUUCAUUGUUCUUAAAAAAGGAACAUCUUAUUUAGCUAUCGUAUUUAUAGUAACCUAGAACUUUGAUUUAUGGUAGUCUUGUUUAUAACGAAAAUGAAAUUGCCGAUAGUUUGUAUGUAUUAAGUUAAGGAUAAAUUAAUUUUUCAAAACGCAUAACUUCCUAAUUAGAUCACUUAGAAAAUUCUAGAGUAACACCUCCUAAAAGAUGUCAGCAAAUAAGCAUCAUAACUCAAGUUCAAUAUUUUGGAGAAGAAAAUCUUUACUUAAAGUAUGAUUAAGAAUUGUAAGAGUUAAAUGAGGAGUAGGAUUCCAUGCAUUUGGAAGAAGAGAAAAAAUUGUUUCUUUAGACCUAAUAAAAAAGAUAGUAUACUGCAACUGUCAGUAGUGAUAAAGCUGUUGUCCAUAAAAUACCUUAUGCAUUUUUGCUAGAAAAAAUGUAUUAGAAAUAAAAAAAUUUUUAAAAAGUUCACAUGCUUUUGAAUAAAUACAUUUAGUAAAAAAGUGAAUGGAAAUCAAAGAAUUAAGAAAGAAUUGAAAAAGUAAUUUAAAAUAGAAGUUUUAGCUAGUUUAUCUAAGGAAAAUCAUCUAAUAUGCUUGUAUGUAAAACAGGAAAUCCUUUAGAAAAAUAUAGUUUAAAUAGGUUAAGAGAACCAGAAAAAUAAUCUAGCUUACAAGAUUUUUAGAAUUGCAAUUAACUAAGUGUAAAAAGCAAAAAGAGGGCUUCUCGUCUUUUAAGAAAAAUGAGCACAGUGAACAGUAUUGUAUUAACUGAAGAAAAUCAAGAUAUUUAAUAAUUAAUAACAAGUUAAAAUAGUUUUUCUAAACUAUAAGAUAUAACAUAAAUUAAUAAUGCUUUAUGCUCAUACCAUAUUCAGCAGUCUUCAAAUAUUUCUCCUGAAAAAAAAGUUUAAUUAAAUUAUCAAAAUCAGCAAUAGCAAGAAAAUGAUUUUCAGUAAAAGUACUUUUUAAGUGUCUUGGAUAAUAAUUCUAAAAUGGGUAAUUAAUUUUCUUAAAUCAACCUUUCAUCAAAAUAUAGAAAGAACGAUAGAAACAAAGACCAAGAUAUAAAUUUUUUGGAUUUCAUAUUGCAAAGGGAGCAAUCAGAUUAUAUGAAAAAUCUAAAUUAACUUUAAAGCACACCUAAAACUUGCUACAAAUAAAGUCAAAUUUAAUUUAAUUAAAAUACUUCUUUUAUCUAAAACAAUAAAGAUAAUUCAUACUCCUAAUUAAAAGAAAAAAACUAAUUUUAGUAAAAUAAAGAUUAAUUUGAUAAAAAUGGAAUCAAUUAUUUAAAAUAGAAUUAAUCAAUAUCAAAUAUUUAAAGCCAUAAUUAGUUUAUUUCUGAAGGUAGAGAAAAAAUGUUUGUUUAAUAUUAAAAUAAAGACCAAGUAAAAAUAUAAUCUGAUUCACUAAACAGGAAAAAUAUUGUUAAAACACAACAGCGCUCUAGAGAUAUUUCUCCUAAUAUUAAGGUUAAACAAGAUUAUUCAAGAAGAAGCACUAUUUUAAAUAACUCUAAGGGAAAUAAUUACCUAGCUACACAAGACUUACAAGAUAGAAAUUAAAGUUUUAUAACUGACACAUAAUAAAAAUCAGUUAGUCUUCCUAAGAAAUAAUAAAAUUAAAAUUAUUAAACAACUCCUAGAUCCAGAUAAUAGGCUUAAAAUUUUAACAAAUAAAGAUUGGUUACAGAUAUAGAUGAAUAUUGUAAAUCUAACACAUAUUUAGAAUAACUAAUAGAUGAAAAAUAGCAACAGUUGAGAAAGAAUUCCAGUGCUGUAUUUGAAGAUUUAAUUUAUUCCAAUAACUUUGAUUUGAACGAAGAUAACGCAUAAACGAAUUCUCUUAAAAAGAGAAAGUAAUAUAGUGUCAUGCUCGAAAUAUAGAAAACUCAGUAAAAGAUUCCAAUUAGUAUUUCUAAUCAAAGAUGCAUAUCGUAUGAUCUUGAUUAUGAAAAGACUUCUUCUCAAGUAUUGAAAUUUAAGAAAAAUGCAAUAAGACAGCUUACAAAUUCAAAACUACCAGUAAAGUUAGAUGUAUCAGGGAUAUGUUAGUAAACUCAUCGCUUUGAUUAUCUAAAAAGGAAACUUGAGUAAAAAAAGAAAAAUUUAUAAUAAAUGAAAUAAUUUGAGUAAGGAGAGCAAACAAAAAUACCUUCCAGUGCUGUUUAAUAUAAGAAAAGUGAAAGUAUCGUUUUAAAUUUAGUUGAUAACUACUUUAAAAACAUCUCAAAUAACAGUGGCUAUCCUUAAGGACCGUGUUUAAAAACACUGCUUUAAAAUACACCAAAUACCAAAAAUGGAAACAUUAAUACAACAAUAAAUGGGUAAUCAACAUAAUAUUCAAAAAGUGGAUCCACUAAACCAUUUACAGAAGUAUCUAAAAGUUCUUAUAUUAAUUACUUUAGAUCUCCAAUGAAAUCAGCCUAAUCCUAUAGAUCAAAAUCUAAUCCGAGAUAAAAUAAUUCAAAAACAAUUUAAAACAACUCAAUUGGUCAGAAAUAAUUUUCUCUAACAAACAACACAUUUUAUGAUCACUCUAAAGAUUUAAAUUAAGCUUUCUCCACAUUUAUAACUAAUACUUAAUUUUCUCCCUUUUGA